CACGGGACGCACAACGAUGCACCUGUGCAAAGAAAGACAAGCAGCCUAGGCUAAAAAAUCCCACCGCAGCCAAUUUCUCGUGAGCCUGUCAUUAUCGCAAAACCCGUCAACCUCAACUCAACCGAUAAUCCCCAACACACGACAAUACCGCCGCCAUGGGUCACGCAGCCGGUCUUCGCGCGGGUACACGCUACGCGUUCAGCCGUAACUUCCGUGAGAAGGGUUUCAUCCGCCUGUCCACAUACCUUCAGCAAUACAAAGUCGGUGACAUUGUUGACAUCCGUGCCAAUGGUGCCGUACAAAAGGGUAUGCCCCACAAGGUGUACCACGGAAAGACUGGUGUCGUCUACAACGUUACUAAGUCCGCUGUUGGUGUAAUCAUCUACAAGAGAGUCGGCAACCGCUACCUUGAGAAGCGUGUCAACCUCCGUAUCGAGCACGUUGUCCUUUCCCGAUCACGAGAGGACUUCCUCAAGCGUGUCAAGAGCAACGCCGCCGCCAAGAAGGAGGCCAAGGCCAAGGGCACCAGCGUCCAGGUCAAGAGACUGCCCGCCAUACCCCGCGAAGCGAGAACAGUAUCCUUGAAGGACAACCACCCGGAGACGGUUGUACCCCUUGCGUACGAGACGACUAUCUAAGGAAGAUGGACGUUGGGUGAUUGCGGUACUGGUGUUUUCUGGGUCUGUCGGUUACUUUUCGCAUUGCAUUAGGGGUUUUCACGCGGCCAGGACG